UCUGUCGGGUAAAUUGUUCACUCUGUCAGGUAAAUGGUUCACUGUGUCAGGUAAAUUGUUCACUCAGUCAGGUAAAUUAUUCACUCAGUCAGGUAAAUGGUUUACUCUGUCAGGUAGGUGGUUCACUCUGUUAGGUAAAUGGUUCACUCUGUCAGGUAAAUGGUUCAAUCUGUCAGGUAAAUGGUUCACUCUAUCAGGUAAAUGGUUCACUCUGUCGGGUAAAUGGUUCACUCUGUCGGGUAAAUAG